CUCUUCCUCUGCCGCAAGCUGCGCACCUUUAAUUUGCAGAAAGAGAGAAAGAAAGAAAGAAAGGGCAAGGCCCCCCGAGCGCAACAGCUAGCCAACACCACAGCACCUCCACCUCCUCCCACCACCACCACCACCACCGAGAAGGCAACGCAUCAAAAGCGGGCGCAAAGCAAAGAUACAUCAGAUCAGGUCGGCGCUAGCUCUCUCGGCUGCCGCAAAGCCACCCUGAUUGAUCGAGCUGCAGCACCCUGCAGAGGGCGACAUAGCUGCCUCGGCCGGGAGACGCCUUGCUCCCCUCCUCAUCAUUCACCCCCUCUUUCUCUCUCUCUCUCCGAGGAUACUCUCUGCAGGGCGCUUACGUCGUGCAGGGCGGGGCUGCGCGCGUGCGUGGGAGCGUACGUCCACCGCCCAGCGCGGGCGCCGCGCCAUGUCGUCCGCCGCGGGAGGAGGAGGUGGUGGUGGUGGUUACGGGGGCGGCGAGCACCAGCACCAGCUGCUGCCUGGGCAUGCCGCGGGGCAGCUGUACCACGUGCCGCAGCACAGCCGGCGGGAGAAGCUGCGGUUCCCGCCGGACCACCCCCCGGAGUCGUCAACGCCGCCGGGGUCGUGGCCGCUGCCCCCGGCGUACUACUCGUACGCGUCGUCUUCGUCGUCGUACUCACCGCACAGCCCGACGUCGCUGGCGCAGGCGCAGGCGCACGCCCAGGCGCAGCUGGUGGCUCAUGGGAUGCCGCCGGGGACCGCGAGCGGCGGGGCCCAGAUCCCGAGCCAGAACUUCGCGCUGUCGCUGUCAUCGGCGUCGUCCAACCCUCCCCCCACGCCGAGGAGGCAGUUUGUCGGCGGCAGCAGCGGAGGGGCUGCCGGGCCGUACGGGCCCUUCACGGGCUAUGCCGCUGUGCUCGGGCGGUCCAGAUUUUUGGGGCCCGCGCAGAAGCUGCUCGAGGAGAUCUGCGACGUCGGCGGCCGCCCCGCGCAAAUUGACAGGGGCUCCGACGAGGGUUUGCUCGACGUAGACGCCAUGGACGCCACGGGCAGCGUCGACCACGACAUGGACGGCAGCGACCGCGCCGCAGCGGAGGCGGUCACGGUCUCCGGCGCCGAGCAGCAGUGGAGGAAGACUAGGCUCAUCUCGCUCAUGGAAGACGUUUGCAAGCGAUACAAGCAAUACUACCAGCAGCUCCAAGCUGUAAUAUCCUCCUUUGAGACUGUUGCGGGUCUGAGCAAUGCUGCUCCUUUCGCUUCCAUGGCUCUUCGGACAAUGUCAAAGCAUUUCAAGUAUUUGAAAGGCAUGAUACUGAACCAGCUGCGCAACACUAGCAAGGGUGCUACCAAAGAUGGUCUCAGCAGGGAAGACACAGCAAACUUUGGGAUUAUGGGCGGCAGUGUUAGCCUGCUAAGGGGAAACAAUGUGAAUUCGUUUAGCCAACCGCACAACAUAUGGAGGCCACAAAGGGGGCUUCCUGAACGGGCUGUUUCAGUUCUUCGCGCAUGGCUAUUCGAACACUUCUUGCAUCCGUACCCAACUGACAGCGAUAAGCAGAUGCUGGCUAAACAGACAGGAUUAACAAGGAACCAGGUAUCAAACUGGUUUAUCAAUGCAAGGGUUAGGCUCUGGAAGCCAAUGGUUGAAGAGAUUCACAACCUCGAGAUGAGGCAGUUGCAGAAGAACCCGUCGCUUGACAAGAAUCAGCUCUCCAUGCAGCACACCCAGCACUCGUCGGACAGCAGCGGGAAGCUGUGUGAUCCAUCAAACUCGCUGCAAGGGCAAAGUAGCAGCAUGACUAGGAACCACAGCGUCUCUGCCUCUCGGCACAUCGAGGACGGGCUCUCCCAGAUGCCCCACGACAUCGCGGGUCAGGUGAGCUUCGCCUACAACGGGCUCGCCGCGCAUCACAGCAUCGCCAUGUCGUCGCACCCGCAGCAGCCCGACCUCAUUGGCACCGUCGGCGCCGCGAAUGCUGGUGGCGUCUCUCUCACCCUUGGUCUCCACCAGAACAACCGGGCUUACAUUGCCGAGCCCCUUCCAGCAGCGCUUCCGCUGAACCUUGCCCACCGUUUCGGACUGGAGGACGUCAGUGAUGCCUACGUGAUGAGCUCAUUUGGAGGCCAGGACCGGCAUUUCACCAAGGAGAUCGGCGGCCAUUUGCUCCAUGACUUCGUUGGGUGAGAUGAACAGAUGAUGAUUAUUUCACCAAGGAGACCGGUGGCGAUUAUUGUAGGAUGCAGAUGUAUGAUCUACCUAUAUUGUAGUUGGAAGUAGGAGGUGAAGAAAAGAGGGGCAUUGGUACGCCUGUCGACGUAGAUCCACGAAUGCUUGUCAAUAUUUGACAUUCUGGGGCUAUAGAGAGGAUGACUAUACCUUUGAAGACAUGUUGUAGUGUUGUUCCCUAUUUGUUCUGAUCCACGGUUAAGCCGUGUUAACCCUGUACUAUUCUUCUGACUUGCAAAUGUGGUUGCUCCCACUCUGGCAAAUAAAGGGUGCUCAGGUAAUUUGUCGCCAGCAAA